AUGACAUUGUAUCGUGUAUUAAAGAACCUGACACUUAUGACUGUAUCUAUGGGUUCAUUUGUAAAAUAUCAUGCAAUGGUGUAUCAAGCUAAUACAAUAAAGGAAUUUAUGGAUCGAGUUCAAUUACAUUGGCAAACGGAUAACGACGUGAUACUUCGAAUUAUGCAGAAAUGCAACUAUUUGGGAAAACAGAUGUCAAUACUUUUUACAUCAGCUGUUUACUUGUUGUCGAGCAUAGCGAUAGUAUACCAUUUUUCGCCUAUUAUUUUUGAUAUAAUUGUUCCCCUCAAUGAAUCCCGACCAAUAAAGUUUCCAGUAGAUGUGGUACUUUUUUUCGACGAGAAGAGACAUCCUAUUGUUGCUACUAUUAUUUACAUUUUUUGGAUAAUAUUAAUUGGAACUAUAUAUAGUGGAACAGAAUCGUUAACGAUUAUGAUUUGUCUACAUAUCACCAGCUUAUUUGAAGUUACUAGUUACUAUUUCCAAACAGCUAUUUCCAUCGAAAUAACUAAUUCUCAUAUUCCACGCAAAUGUGCGAAUAAGAAGAAUAUGAGUUACUUAAUUAAAAGUGUGAUCAUGCAUAAAGAAACCAUUCAGUGGCUGUCUCAAUCAAUACUUCAUGCAACAAAUAUCGGAGAAAAUAUGUUCUACUUACUGAUAGUUAUUACUGUAAUACAAUAUAUGUUUUUGAUAAAUCUUGGAACUCAAUACAUGGUGGAUGGUGCUGCUAACAUUUCUAUAAGCAUGUACAUGUCUUUAUGUUAUACGUAUAUAGAAUUUUUCACCAUAAUUUUGUACGCAUUCGGUGGUCAAUAA